AUGGCUCAAUUUCUGGGCGGGGCUGUCGACUGUGGACCCUCGACCGUACUCAAAUCUGUAUCUGGGCGAGUGGAUCGAGAUUUCUCUUUGCAACAGGAUCGACUGAUAUCUGUUCCUAAUGUCCCCGGGCCAUCGAGACAAAUAGAGAGAUCUAGUCAAGGGCGCCCUCAGAAUUCUACUUUCAGUCAAACACCACGACCUUUCGAUCUUACUGCGCUAAAGCAACAUUUGUCUCCUCAGGUUCCCUCGACCGUACAGAGUAAUUGGGCGAGAGGUUUCACCCCGCAACAUUCUCUUGCACCCCAGCGCCAGCACCCCGGUGUCGCUCCUCCCUGGCACGAAGAGUUCCGUGCUUCUGGACCAUCCCGACUCGAGUCACCGAAUGUUGCUCCGGCUGUCCAAGCGAAGCCCUUCCAUCAAACAGGUUAUCUACCUCGAUCAUGGCAGCCUUCAUAUCCUCCGCCUGUUACAUAUCCUCAACAAUAUCCUCAUUCCCAGCAUGUGCACUUUCAACCUCCAGUUCCUUUCCCCCCUGCCAGCCAAGUUGAAGCCUUUCCACCACACACCGCCACCACGGCUAUCUCGUCGUCCGCUCCCGCUCCGCCACUCACCGGAGCCCAUGCUAUCUUGUCGCAGACAGCUCGCCACUUUACGGACGAUCUCGGUAGCUCAGAUAUCUUCAUAAAUAACCCCAAACUCGCCCAAAGUCAAUUUUUGGAGCUUCUUCGAGCCGUGGGAGAAGAGAAAGUGGUGGUAAAGGAAGGACUACCCGCUGAAGGAUUGGAUGAAAUUGGAGAGGGUGGAAAGUUCGUCGAGAGGUCCACCACUGGAUGGGCAGGAGAGUUCUUGGAAUCAUCAAACACUGCAUCGUCCUCCACGGCUCCAUCCCGGUUGUCUCAUCAAGCAAUGGAGAAUGGCCAAACACAGGCUUCUGUCCCUGAAUCCUCACGGGAAUGGGGUGCACAGUACCCAGAUCAAGAAGCUAUCACCCAGCGAGGUCUUUCCAGCAAGAACGUACAUUUCGAGGACACAGAAUCAGCAUAUAGUCGAGGGGUCCCUUCUACCUUGAUGGAUGCAUUGUCAUCUGCUACUAGCGUUCCUGGUCAGCAAAAGUCAUGGGAGGAGACCGACGUCGUUGAUUCUCUGGACAUCGACGAAGAGGCUUUUUUCACCUUCAAUGGACCGAGACAACAGGCUCGUAGUCAUACCAUAGGAGUGGGGGAUAUCGAAGGCUGGGGUGAAAUGCAGAGAUCGCUGGAAUCGCUUGAAACACAAGCCCAAAGUGGAUUGGGGAAGAGAGCACAGGAUCACUACCUUUUCCAAGCUCAAAACCCAUAUUCGUCACGAUCGACUCACAUCCUUGAUUCGCCCACUCUCAAAGGUGUCCUCGAGCUGGAAGCGGCGGUGCAAGAGGAUCCGACGAAUCACGAAGCAUGGUACUCCCUCGGUCUCAAGCAACAAGAGAACGAGCGAGAAGAUCAAGCCAUUAUGGCUUUGUCAAAAGUCGUACAGCUGGAGCCUGAUUACAAAGCUGCUUAUUUGGCCCUUGCUGUGAGCUAUACGAACGAGGGCGAGCUUGAAACUGCGUAUCAUAUGUUGGCAAAAUGGGCGGCUCUCAACACCGGUCAGUCCGCGCUUGCGACAGAGGACACGGUGGAUCGAGAGAAGCUGGUGAAUACUUUCCUGCAGCUGGCCAACCUCAAGCCGAACGAGGUGGAUGCGGAUGUUCAGAUAGCCUUGGGAGUGCUGUUCAAUGCGAGCGAGGAGUAUGGAAAAGCGGAAGACUGCUUCCUCGCUGCAUUAUCAGUCAGACCAGAUGACUGGUUGCUAUACAAUCGCUUGGGUGCUACAUUGGCUAACGGUGGGAACUCGAACAAGGCGAUUGGUUACUAUCACGAAGCUUUGUCACUGCAUCCCAACUUCGUUCGAGCCCUAUUCAACAUUGGUAUCUCCUACUUCAAUAUAGGCGAGUACGCCGUUUCGGCCCAGUGCAUAUUGGAUGCGUUACGGUUGCAAGAGGCCGACUCUAUCGAGGGUUAUACUUUCACUCAACGACAAAACUUGAAACCCGCUGCCAGGAAAGGGGUUGGCAAUGAUGCCCUGUGGAUGUCACUGAGGAACGCUUGUCUACACAUGGGAAGAGCAGAUCUGGUCGCUUUGAUAAGUCAUCGAGAUUUAGGAGAGGAAGAGAAAGAGAAAACUACCGCGGGUGCAGGGAAGGGCAGAGGAAGUCGUGUCGUCGAUGACGAAUGGGCACCAAGCCUGCGUCUGUGGCUGCAGCCAUGCACCCUCUGCACCUUACAACUUGACAAGGGUAAGAGGAGAAAAGAGGGAGAGGAACGACCGAUGGACCUUGUCUCCGAAAAGUACCAAUUUGUGGUAUUUAUUUUGUGUUCGGGGUAG